UGCGGUUUGCUAAGGAAAAGGGCAUACGAGGACACGAAUACAUAAUGUCCAGUGAAUCAAAGACAGAAUUAGAAAAGGCUCGUUAAAGACUUCGAACUCAUAUCUACAUCGAUUAAAACAGAUUUAGGAAUGGCCAAAUUUAUUACUUUGUUUCUUGUUGCUGCAGUUUUUGUAAGAGAAAAGUCGUCAGCUCAAAGCUCGUUCUUUGAUGCACUGUUCAAGGCUGCAAGCCAAGAUAAGGACCUGCAGGGGAGGAUACCGCAAACUGGAGCUGCAUUGGAAAACCUCUUAACAAGAAGUUGUUACGUUUGCCAUGGAACGUCAAUCAGUGCUGUGACGUCAUCAUGCUGGGAAACUGUGGACGAAGACCAUACUCGGUUUGUGGAAAUUCAGCAAUGUUUUGGACAGUGUUCGAUCACAGUUCUAAAUCACACAUCAAUCGGUCUCGUAGAAUUCACCCGUAGGUGUGAGAGCAACUGCACUGCGUCGUGUUAUCACACCGACCAAAACACAGACUUGUGCAAAUAUUGUUGUACUGGCGACAGAUGUAAUGGAAUUGUACCAAAUUACGUUCCGAAAGGUCCAGAAAGAAUAGACCACGUGAGCAAGGAUAAUCUACAAACAUGGUUGAGGGGUGUCUUGUCGAAACCCCGGCAACACGCGGCCAACCCGUCCAAUAAACUUGCUACCCGAAAAUUCAUUAAGAACAUGCUUGGAAACUUUGGGCUGGCUUCAGAAAUGCAAGCUUUUACAAUUUCCGAAACAAUCCAAGAAGAUAGGUCGCCAUUCAACUUUCGCUCGUAUAUCAGAACUGUUAUGAAAGGCUUCAAUAUAGUGUCGGUGAUCAAAGGAAGGCAUUAUGGAACUAUUAAUGAUAAACUAAUCGUGUUGAUGGCUCACUAUGAUACACAUCUAAGUUCAAGAGGUGUGAACGAUAAUGGAUCAGGAGUUUCUGCUUUACUUGAAAUUGCGAGACUACUUCUCCAUCAUACAACGUGUACAAGAAACUACAGCGUCGUGUUGGUGUUCACGGAUUUUAAAGAACAAGGUAGUUUUUUGGAUGGUCUUGCCGGUACCGGGUAUACAAACUGCUUUGUGGAAGAAUUCAACCAACUAAGUGGUGCGGCACAUUUUCUAUGUGGGUGGCUUCUUCCUCACCUCCGUCGAACUGGAUCGCGUCUCAUGUUCUCAGUUAAUUUACAUUCGUUGCUGAAUUUUGAUUCAAGAGCUUCGAGUCAAUCUGGAGUUGCAAGAUUUUCUUUUGAAAACGACAACGCCAGAGUGGGUGACUGGAUCCUUUCAUCUUUUGCACAAGUUGAGGAAGACACGCAUUGGACGUCGAACUACUCGCUUGCUUUGCAGCAGAUGUGGAAAUCCGACCCAUCUGUUCCAGGCCGAUUCAUGCAAGAGCAAAUACCUGCAUCCCAGAGGUCCCGCAUGCAACACGAUGAUUGUCUACCGUUUCUUCUUCUGCGCAACCCACUUCCAUGCAUCACUAUUACAGACACUGGUCCUUUGAGAGGAUACAUGAGAAGAUGCCACAACAACGACUGCGAUGACGUAUCACACGUAACUACACAAAAUUUGGAAUUUCUUGCAAAGUCAACCAAUGCUGUAUGGAGAACUGUGGAAGAGAUUUCUGAAAGUAACUGCCCCAUGCCACCGAAUCCAACGGUUCUAACGCCAACGACCAUACGGCGAACAUCAACAAUAGUAUCAGAUACAAUCGAAGAUGCAGAUGAUCGAACUCUAACUCGGCGAGUCGAGACGUUAGAAACUUGUCAGAGCGCUCUCGUAAGGAAUCCUCCACUUACUGAUAGGAGACGGAACUCCGUUGUUAUCACUGCCGCUUGUAAAUAUGCCCGGGGUAGAUUGGUGUUGUGUCGAUCUCCUAUAUCAGGUGUAUGGGCAAAUCUAAGAUCCAGUUCUGCUUGGAUUCCAAAAAAAGCAAAACGUAGAAAUAGUCGCCGUUUGUGGUUAAAAAUAGACUUUGGACGCCUUGUCAACGUGACCGGCAUCUCAGUACAAGGGGUUCCACGUAAGGGUUUCGUUUCUCGUUUCAUGCUUUCCUUUAGCAACAACGGAAUAACUUGGCACUGGCACUUUCCUACUUUGGACUCGGAUGAUACAACUAGUAGUAUCACCACUGAAUUAGUUGGGAACAAAAACUGGAAAAAUAUAGCAAGGAAUGACAUUAGGCCAACUAUUCAGGCUCGUUUUCUAAGAAUCCAUCCACGCAAAUGGCAUCGUCGCAUCGCCAUGCGGGUUGAAGCGUUUGGAUGUGGUCUGUAAAUACAAUUUAUGUGGUUCUGGAGCCUAUAAGUAACUCGGUUAUGUAUAGUUUUAGGUAACAAUAAUAUGAAAUAAUAUAACAUUGUAGCCAACCUUUCUGUACACAUUGUACCCGACAGUAAGAGUAAAUCUGAUGCGUGUUAAAGUG